GGCCGAUAAAAAUAUUAGACUCUGUGACACUAGUUUCUGCCUUUCUGGUCCUAAGCCAGCCAUUCAUUCCUUUCUCGGUCAGUCCUCACGGCGACGAAGAUGCCCGUAAAAUACAGUGUGGUAGACGCGUUCACGGACUUGCCUCUCAAAGGGAAUCCGGCGGCUGUUCUUCUGUUAGAAGAAGAAAGAGAUGAUGAGUGGCUGCAAGCUGUUGCUCGGGAGUUCAACAUUUCAGAGACCUGUUACCUGACUAGAAUCAUUGCCCCGGAGCCUCACAGCUCCAAAUUCCAUCUUCGCUGGUUCACUCCCGUUGCCGAGAUAGAUCUAUGUGGACAUGCCACUCUAGCAGCUGCCUAUUUCCUGUUUGUUAAUGGCUUUGUCAAAACUGAUGUUAUUGAGUUCUGUACCUUAUCUGGGAUUUUAACUGCUAAAAGAAUUCCAGAAAAGGAUGGAGGGUUCUUUGUUGAGUUAAACUUUCCAAUUAUCCAUGUCUUGGAGACCAACUUAUCUGAGAUUCCAACAAUUGCGAAAAACUUUGACAAAGCAUGUGUGGUUGAGAUAAAGAAGACCGACCGGGAUGACCUCAUUGUUGUGCUCCAAUCAGGCGAUGCAGUUGCAGGAUUACAACCACAAAUUGAUGAAAUACAAAAAUGCACUGGCAGAGGUGUAAUUGUUACAGGACCUGGUCCUCCAGGAUCUGGAUUUGAUUUUUACUGCCGCUUCUUUUGCCCCAAACUGGGAGUUCCAGAGGAUCCUGUUUGUGGAAUUGCUCAUUGUGCAUUGGCUUCCUAUUGGCACAAGCUGCUAAAGAAAAACAAUUUAAAUUCUUAUGCGGCAUCACCUAGAAGUGGUGUGAUGAACGUGCGUAUAGAUGAGGAGAAGAAUAGAGUAUUUCUGCAAGGGAAAGCUGUUGUGGUGAUGGAAGGUUCUCUAUUAGCUUAGGUUGAAGAAUUUCACUUCAGGGUGAUGAUAUAUUUGGACUUGCGAAUAAUGUUUGUGCUUAUAGAAUCUGGAAUGAAGAAGCAGAUCACAUUAAAUAUAACCCCUUGGGUUUGGUAAUUGUAUUGAUCUUACUAGCUCAUACAGCAGCUGGCAUACAAUAAGCCAAUGAGGCAUAUAAUAAUACUCUCUCUAUUCCUAUUCAAAAUAAGCUCAUACAGCAACUGGUAUACAAUAAGCCAAUGAGGCAUAGAAUAAUGCUCUCUCUAUUCCUAUUCAUAGUAAGCUCAUACAGCAACUGGUAUACAAUAAGCCAAUGAGGCAUAGAAUAAUGCUCUCUCUAUUCCUAUUCAUAGUAAGCUCAUACAGCAACUGGUAUACAAUAAGCCAAUGAGGCAUAGAAUAAUGCUCUCUCUAUUCCUAUUCAUAGUAAGCUCAUACAGCAACUGGUAUACAAUAAGCCAAUGAGGCAUAGAAUAAUGCUCUCUCUAUUCCUAUUCAUAGUAAGCUCAUACAGCAGCUGGUAUACUAUAAGCCAAUACAACAUAAAAUAAUGCUUUCACUAUUCCUAUUCAUAGUAUGUACAAAAAGCCAAGUAUGUACCAAUGUACCAUAGAAAAGCCAGAGUUGGUACUAGCAAACUAUGAAGAUGGGAUGAGACCAUUGAUGAUCGGAACUCCAAGAGCCAAUGGCGUAUCCGGUAUCCUAGAUUUUUGUUAGAAGCAAGAUUAAACGUCCUUGAAGCAUAGGAUUAAAACAUAAUUGUGUCAGUAUAAACACUAACAACAGGGCUGGUCUGAGCUCGUAUUUUUGAACAUUACAUAUACUUUUACAAGGCAACAAAGUUAGAUUUGUAGUUUUCUGGGUAUUUUCCUUCUUAGACAAAGCUAUAUAUUUGCUAAAAGUCUGAAACAUCGGUUAGCGUCAAUAAUAGAUUUCACUUCUCC